AGGUGGCAUUGGGUGGGAGCCGUCCUGACUGCUAUUCUCCUCACUUUCCCACCCUCUCUCCGGCCUACAGGAUGGCGUCUCUGCUGGUCCCUUGGAGUCUCUGGGCAGCAGCUGUGGCAGUGGCGCUGAUGGUGCUGACAUCCCCCGGGGCCGGGGGCCGGGAGACUCCAGAGCAUUUCCUGAUCCAGGAGAAGUUUGAGUGCUACUUCCACAACGGGACGGAGCGGGUGAGCUACGUGCACAAGCACAUCUACGACCGGCAGGAGAUCGCGCGCUUCGACAACGACGUGGGCGUUUACGUGGCGGUGACCGAGCUGGGCCGCCCGGACGCCCAGUACUGGAACAGCCAGCAGGACAUCCUGGAUGAGAGGCGGGGCGCGGUGAACCGCUACUGCAGGCACAACUACGGCGUGGGAGAGCAGUUCACGGUGCAGCGCCGAGUCCAGCCCACAGUGAAGGUCUCCCAGACAAACGCAAAACCCCUGGAACAACACCAGACGCUCACCUGCUCCGUGACGGGGUUCUACCCGGGAGACAUCCAAGUCCAGUGGUUGCGGAAUGGACAGGAGCAGAAGGACGGCGUCGUGCACACGGACCUGAUGCGUCAUGGAGACUGGACCUUCCAGGUCCUGGUGAUGCUGGAAAUGACCCCCAGGAGCGGAGACGUCUACGUCUGCCAUGUGGAGCAUGGCAGCCUGCAGAAACCCAUCACCGUGGAGUGGAGGGCCCAGUCUGAAUCUGCCCGGAGCAAGAUGCUGAGCGGAGUCGGGGGUUUGGUUCUGGGGCUCAUCUUCCUCGCCGUAGGAUUCACCGUCCACUUCAAGGGCCGGAAAGGACACUCAGGCCCUCAGCCUACAGGACUCCUGAGGUGAUCUCCCCAGCUGUGCAUCUCACCCUCCUGAGAAGCUGGUCCUGUGGCUUCGGAGAUGGACCUGUGCCCGAUUCACUUCCUCCGGUGCUCUACAACCCUCCGGGCCUCGACUUCCCCCUUCCCCGCCAUCGCUGGCCACCCCCCGACUAUUCUGGCAGCCACUUUCCCUUCUGGAUUUUGCGUUCUCUGGGGGUGGGGGGGAGUCAGUCUCUGACCUUCCCAGCUCUUCCCCAAGGGAUGUACCAGCCAAUCCUCCCUCCGACCCAAUGCUGCAACUGCUGCUGCUUCUCCGGUCCAACCCAACCCUGAGCUGAUGCCUUGGUUCCUGAAACCCAUAUCCUAUUAAAACACGGGCCUGAUA